CGCCUCCGGUCUGUUAAUUCAUGUCUCUUGGGGGUAAAAGUGGUUUUUUUGUGUGGUAAUUUGUAUCGAAACGAAGCCUUUUUGAGUCGGAGCUCGUGUUCUAACCGGUGCUGUGGAAGUGGACCGACCUGGGCCAGUGCGGGUCCUCGUGAUCUCAGAUGGAGGAGUCCAGUGAUGUGUAUGAUGAUGCUUUUAACAUAAACAACCCCUGUGAGGACCACCAGCCCCAGAACCUGGAGGACCUGCUGGAAGUGGACCGCCUCAGAAGGAGGAUCAAGUACUACUUCAUGAACCCGUGUGAGAAGUACCACGCCAGGGGGCGAAAACCCUGGAAACUCAUACUGCAGAUAAUUAAAAUUGCCAUUAUUACCAUACAGCUGGUGUCUUUUGGACUGAGCAACCAGAUGGUUGUUACUUUCAAAGAAGAAACCCUGAUGACAUUCCAGCACCUCUUCUUGAAAGACGUUGCUGACGGRGGCACGGAGACGUACGCUUUGUACAAACAGGCAGAUGUUUACGAGCACAUCCAGUACAUCAUUACACAGAAUGCCUUGAAAUCUACCCAAUGCAGUCCGUAUCUCCACGCGACUCCCUUCAGAAUCUAACACUGCAUUUCAAAAGGAUGCUCUCCGUGACGAUCACSUUCGUUCUGAAGGGCGUCAAUUUACAAACGGUGCAACAUCUCGAGCUGCCAGACUGCUACGACUUCACCGUUCUCAUAACUUUCGACAACUACGCUCACAGCGGCAGGAUUAAGGUGGACCUGGACGCAGAUGUGUACAUCAAUGAAUGCAAUGAAUGGAAAGUAAACGGAGCCUCGGCUAAAAACCUUUACCUGACGGUGCUGUUUGACUGCGUCAUCAUCAUAACUUGCAUCACCUCGUUCGUGCUCUGCACACGCUCAGUGAUUAAAGGGAUCCUGUUGAUGGUUGAGUACGUCCACCACUGCAGAAAGAACUGUGGUAAGGACGUGCCAUGGUCCGACAGGUUGGAGUUUCUGAGCGGUUGGUAUAUCCUGAUCAUCAUCAGCGACWCACUGACCAUCGUAGGCUCCAUUCUGAAGAUCGAAAUCCAGACUAAGGUCCUGACAAGCUACGACGUGUGCAGCAUCUUCCUCGGCACAGGCACCAUGUUUGUUUGGAUCGGCGUCAUCCGCUAUAUGGGCUACUUCAGGAAGUAUAAUAUUCUCAUCGUGACGCUCAGGACAGCUUUUCCAAACGUUAUCCGUUUCAUCUGCUGCGCUGGAAUCAUUUACCUGAGUUACCUUUUAUGUGGCUGGAUUGUUAUUGGUCCKUAUCACGAGAAGUUCCGGAGCUUAAACACCGGCUCAGAGUGCCUGUUCUCGCUCAUCAACGGAGAUGACAUGUUCCCCACUUUUAAGGACAUGAAGCAGAAGAGCAGCCUGGUGUGGGUGUUCAGCAGAGUUUACAUCUACACCUUYGUGUCCCUCUUCAUUUACAUGAUCCUCAGCCUUUUCAUCACCAUCAUCACUGACACUUACGACACAAUCAAGCAACAGCAACAAAGCGGAGUCCCAACAACAGAGCUGCAAAGGUUCCUGUCGGUGUGUACAGAUCUGCCAAAAUCUGGAGCCUUCAGACUUGAUAGGACCAACAGCUGCCUCCUCACCUGCUGCAUCGACAGAUGCAAGAGGCGCCACGAGAGGCUGACUUCAGAUGCGUAGCUUUUUUUGUUUUUAAUGACAGGAACAAAACUCAGCUGUAGUGUAAAAAAAAAAACGACAAAUUGUAUUAUUUUGCACUUUAUAUUUUUUAAAUUCAGUGAAAGGGAGCUGGACACUUUCCCAGUUUUUUGUAGCUCGGUCGGGUGAAGGAACGUUUCUCAUCAGCGCUCAAAAGAAUCAAGUCAUUUGGACCUGAAUGUAGAACUGAAGAGUUCUGGUGUGAUGGUUCAGAUUGGAGAGCACUUUGUAAGAAGCACUUUAACAAUGUGGAGACAAAAAAAAAAAGAUACUGUAACAAACUUUAAAUCACAUUGUCACCAAUAAAAACUACAAUGUUGCACAUUUAUGUGACUCAUGAAUAAAUAAAUAUGCUGAAAUGUAAAUUAAAUGAGUUUUUAUUUCUCCACUGUCAGGAGAAGGCAUCAGUAUAAAARAGUCAAAAUUAUUAUUCACCCCGCUCACUUUAAUCUUCUGUAGAAGCUCGUUACAAUGAYGAAAAAAAAUCCCAUUUUGGUUUAUAGUAAUAAAACGACUCGUAAAACCUUUAACACAGUAAAAGCGACAGUCUUUAAAUCUCCGGAAGCAAUAUCCAGAAGCUGAUACUGUAAACGAAUCCAGCACUCAGCAGAAUAGUUGACGAUUUGGCCUCUUAUUUCAGUGGAGCUCCGCAAUUUGAGCCCUCAUGAUGAGUUAGAGCUGCACGGAUCUGAGAUCAGUUUAAACCUGCAUUAUYCCAGUUGGCUUUACUGUGAAAACUUAUUGUCCAGGAUCAAAGAACAGAAAUAGUUUUUAUUUUCCUAACAAUGUUGGAAUACAGGUUUAGUCUGACGUGACUUGAUGCAAGCCUCCAGAAAGAGUUUGAUGUAAAAAAAAAAAAAA